CCCAAACCUAUCAGCUCAAUUAUAUUGUGUAAUAUCGUGCUAGGCGUCAAAGUGUUAAUAAAUUGAAGAUAUCUUCCAAAACAAGAUUCUUUUUAUCUAUGUUUUCAACUGGUGUUUUUGAAAGUAACAUAUGUAAGUUUUUUUUAGGAUGCAUGAUGGCAUCUGAAUUGGAAGCUGCCUUACCACCUAUUACCAAUGUAGGUCGUCAACCUGUAAAUUAUGGCCAUCCUCCGUCGGCAAGAUAUGGGAAACUGUCGGAGAAAAUUCGGAGAACAGCUCCAAGCGAGUUCCAAUGUUCAGUUUUCUGCGGUGGAAAAAAAUGCAAAUAUGAUAGUGCCAACUGGCAUAAAGAGGACAUGGCAAUUAACGGAAUCUACUCACACUGGAUCACUAAUGAUAUUCUGGCAAUGGCAAGACCCAACACAGAGACUAUUGAAAAAUAUAAUGUGAUUCAGCAGUUCCGUGACAAAGGAAUUUCAUCUAUUAUAAAUCUUCAAAUGCCUGGUGAGCAUUCAUCCUGUGGUAACACCUUAGAUGCUUCAGGAUUUUCAUACAACCCUCAGCUUUUCAUGGAUAAUGAUAUUUUCUUCUAUAACUUCAGAUGGAAGGACUACGGAACUGUAUCUGAAACGAUGGUCUUAGACAUGGUUAAAGUCAUGGCAUUUGCUCUUAGCGAAGGAAAGGUUGCAGUCCAUUGUCAUGCAGGACUUGGACGAACAGGUGUACUAAUAGCUUGUUACUUAGUAUAUUCUUUGCGAUGUAAGCCAAAUGAUGCUAUACGGUAUAUAAGGAUCAAAAGGCCUUGUGCAAUUCAAACGAGGAGCCAAAUUACCUGUGUUCAACAGUUUGCUCAAUUUAUCCUACCCCUUUUUACAGUCUUUACAAAUGUAAUUUCUAAAGGAACACCGUUCACAUUAAAUCAGCAUUUGGCCCGCCAAAAGAGAAUUUUGCACGGACUUGAAGCCAGGCAACUUAAAUUUAUUCCUAAAAUCUUGUACAUUAUAUGUGAACGUCUGUUGCAUCUUGCAAAUUGUAAUAUGCUGUCACCAAUUCUUCAACAAAUAUGCUAUGAUAUGGACAGCCCAAUCAGUUUUUGCAAUUACUUUUUAUCAGCUACGCUGAGCGAUGACAGUCAUUGGAGACCAUCUUCCAGUCUCACAAUGAUGGACUUAGACUGCUCAUCAGGUGAUACUUCCGUUACAUCUCCAGAUGGAAGUCAAGAACUUAAGAAUGCGGAUUUAACAAAACGGACAGGACCGCCAAGCAGGGGUGCCGCUUAUUAUUUGGACACCUGCGAUUCAAGAUGUGACCAAAGCUCUGCAGAUUAUGCUUCGACACCCGAUCUUCAAAACCGUUUGCCUCCCGAUGGAAGGAGUACAGGAAGUUUGUCGGCAGAAAGAAGAAUGUAUCAAGAUGAAUAUCUCGACGAUUAUAAUGACUACGGAGAUGAUGAUUUUGAAACAAGUGAUGAAAGUAUAGAUUCUAUGUUAAUGGAAGGACAUUCAGGCUUGUAUCUGGCGAAUAACACUUGCUAUCAAGAACUGAAUAAUCACUUGGAACUAAGUUCCAAUGAUGGAUCAAGUACAAAUGAUGGCGACACAGUGCUAAUGGAAGACCGUGUUGCCCCCACAGAUGUUGUGAAAGCUUUAUUAAGCGAUCAUCUUUUGCAAGGGAAUGAUUUCCAAAAUAAGCUGAAACAAUUUCAGAAAGAACUAAAUAACCGAUCAUCUGCGUGGGAACGUUUAAAGAGAGAAAAGGAUAUUAUGUUCUUGACUGCUUUAAUGUGGAGCUGGAUUGAACAUUUGAAGGAACCAAUAUUAUCAAAACAUGAUCUUACCUACAUUGUCAUUAGAGCAGAGAAGCCAGUAGAUGCUUUAGUUCGACUAGAUAAAGGCACUCGAUAUACAACAGAGUACCUAAUCCGGUUCAUAGCCCGUUUGGUGCCAAAUUCGAGCAACAUAGUUGAUGAUUUGUUAAGAAGGCUUGUAGCUUCAUUAACACAUCAAUGUCUUGGAAUUAAAGGAGCUUUGUGUCCUGCUGGAGCAAAAUGGCCUAAGAUGCGAGAAGGAACGUGCAGGCACUUGAUGAUGUUUGUUCAUGGGCUUUAUGAUGUAGUGACCGGUUUACAUAACAAGUCUGAUGAUACAUCUAAGGAAGACAAUCAUCCCAGUAGUGCAAGGUCAAGCGGUAACAUGAAUACUAACAAAUUUAGUCGAGUUGCUGGAAGAGCGUACUUAGGAUUGAACUUGAUGGUUAAAGCUAUUGGUAAACCAACUAAUCAUUGACAUUUUCAUAUAAUGUGAUGAAACAGCUCAACUAUACUGCAUGCUUGUAAUGGGUAUUGCAUUAUGCUUCCUGGGUCUACUGAUAAGAAAUUACAUAUAGUGUGGUUUCAUUGACACAUAUGUAAUGUGUGUGUAAAUGAAUGAAUGAUCUGUAACGCAACAGUGGUAUAGGUAGUUGCAUUGAUGAAAAUGAAAUAUGCUUCCAAUGAGAGACUGUUAGCGAAAGAAAUGAAAGUGUUAUCUGUCUAAAACAGCACUCAAUGAAGAUUGCUUCUUAUUAUGUAAUUUUCACUCCAAACAAAUAUUAGUACAAAUCUUUUAACACACACGGUUUCUUCUCUGUUUAUCUGUGUACCGAACAAUACAGAGAUAAAAAGAGAAUUAUAGAUAUAUAUAUAUAUAAACAUACUUAUAACAGUUUUAAGUUUUGCUUUAGAAUUUAAUACCUUUUUUUUUUCUUUUUUUUUUUUUUUUUUUUUUUUUUUUUUUUUUCAAUUUUAGGGCUAUAUUGGCCUUAUGUUUAUUACUUCCAUCACGGUAUUUAAUUUAGCUCGCCUUAGGCUGAUUUUCAGUGAAAGAGAAUUCUUUCCCUUUCUAAAAACUUAACACAAUAUGUCAGCACUUCAUUAAGCAAAUAUUUUUCUAACUUAUUUUUUAAUACUUUUUUUCACUUCAUCAUGAAUGUUAACUAGGCUUCCAUGCUGUAAUUUAUGCCAUUAUACUUACUAGCUAUAUUCUAAGGAAAUCCAAAGAGGGAAUUUUUUUAAAUAUAGAAAUAUAUUAAGAAGAAGUGAAUAUGGAUGUUCCAAUAUUUUAUAAAAUGUAGAUAUGUCAAUCUAAAUUUUCUUUAUUCUAAACAUCAGAAUAAAAAUCCUUAUAAGAGCAUGAAACUAAUUUUAUGAGCAUAAAAGUUUCAAGUUCUAUACAAAAUAGUUUUAAUAAUAAAGCUAUAAAUAAUGAGGUAGACUAUUUUCUUCGAGAUUAUUAUUUUAAACAUAUUUUAAGCCGAUGUAAUGGAAAUUUGAAUCAAAGUAUUGUUUGAAACUUGUAAAUGUAUGCUUUAAAUAAUUUUCUCAGGUAUUUAAAUCUUCCUCUAAUCUUCUAAUUCACAAUUUUCAUUUUAUGUCUGCACAUUUAAUACUGUACAUAAGUGCCUUUAUUAGCUUCAAUAAAAAUUUAAUAUGUUUUUGA